AACACCCAUCCCUUCACCAGUAUAUAUUUCCCAUCAUAAUGCCUCCACUUUCCCUCCCCCCCCCCCCGCCUGCCUCCGUGUCAGGCAGUUUCUCUCUUUCUCUGAGAACAUUUACCUAUAGAUAUGUGAGUCCUUGUGAUUUGUAUCUGCCUGACGUAAAGGUCUAGAAAAGUAGUAGAAAUAUAACCAAAUGAGUAGAAAAAGACUGAACCAGAGUGAGACCUGGUCUAUCCAAGCCCUUGUUCAGAUACCAACUGUACAAUUGGGGGAGUAGAAAUGAGACUGGGAGCAUGGUGCUAGGGAUCAAACCCAGGGCUGCAUGCAUGUGAUUUACCACCAAGCCCCCGCUUUCCCCCACAAGCCAGGUGUUAAGGGGGUGCGGAGGUAAUGUGAAAGCCUUCCAGUGAUGCGACUGCAUCCCCAAAACUUACUUCCCUUUAACGAACAACACCCCCCCCCCCGACGUGUCACUAUUUUACCUUUAAACUAGCAUCUAAACUAUUUUGACCUUUGAAGACUCCCUGCACUUUUGAGAAUGAACUAAAGGGAAACUACUGUUGCCCCUCACGAACACACCACGUGGGCUUUUGCCUGAUACCACAGCCCUGCGCCUGUGUGCAACACAAAGAACCACCACCACUGUACAAAAACGCAGACCGGCUGAAUGAAGUACCAGUGGCAAGGUCUCGGCCGCGGAACCUUCAAGGCCGGGCUCAGGCGGAACAGAAUCCUGACGGACGACCGGAAAGCCGGCUUCCCCGGCCGCGGAGACUUCCGCCCGGCUUAAGGUCUGCGCAGACUCGGGAAUUAUUUACCGUCGUUGCUAUGGCAACCCGGGGUUGUGGCUGAGCACAGCGGGGCUCGGGGCUCGGGGCUCAGGCUCGAGACGUGCAGGGACAGAGGUCGCUGGACUUACCUCCGCCCCGCUUUUGCCAGCACGGACGCGUUCACUUCCUUUGGGAUCUGUAGACUUUCAUCCCAGUGGGGAAGAAUCUAGCUCGCGUGCAGAUGUUCCCCAACCUCCAAGUGCACCCUUCUACACAAACUGCAGCCGCCCCAAAGUUGUCCUCGGCCGACUGUGACCCUGGGCUGCUCGUGCCUCCGUCUUCAGGCAGACUUAAGGAUGAGUCUUGCUCCAGCGUGUACGUUACCCCGGAGAUAGGCUACGAGCACGUCCGUGAUCCCAGCGGUGCCCGGAACCCCAGCAUUGCCCAUGAACCCUGUCCUGGCUCGCCCCCUCCCUGUGAGCCCCGCGCCUGUGUUGCUCUCAACACUGAUGACCUCUGCAAUCCAUGCGGUAAACGAAGUCCUCAGAUACAACAGCCCUGCAUGCCUCCGCAGCCCUCGGAGCCCAGCCACUGCAGGGUACAGAAGCCCCCCGAAGAUAAAGGGCCUUGUCGUGUGUUCACGGCAACCCCACCAAGAGGCCAAUGCCUUCUCCACAACUGGACGGAGGAGAGAGCCACCAACCAGUUGGAUCAAGUCCCAAGCAUGCAGGAUGGCUCCGAGAGUUACUACUUCCGAAACGGACACCAGGGACUGCUGACCCUGCAGGCACCGGCUCACCUCAGCACCACCCACCGAGACUCAUACCAGCACCCAAGACGGCUGGCGCAGCCAACUAAAGGAAAACGUGAAGCCAUGAUUGAGAUACUCCUGCACCAUCAGAUCAGGAAAGAGCUGCAGGCAGAAGAGGAGCUCACCAGAGUGCACUGCGAGGUGGAGUCUGUAACACAGCGGGACUACAAAAGGGAGCUGGUGCAGGCAGGACCUCCUGCCCCUAAGAAGCCUCAUGACUACCAGAAGGAGCAGCCUGAAACCUUCUGGUUACAGAGAGCAUCGCAGCUGCCGGGGGUCAGUUACAUCAGGACACUGGACACGCCAUUCCGGAAGAACUGCAGCUUCUCAACACCCGUGCCCUUGUCUCUAGGGCAGCCACUGCCCUUCGAGUCUGAGGACUAUUCUUAGGGACAGGGAGAAUUCUCUUCCCUUGCCAUCAGGCAAGAGGGCAGGGUGGUGGGAAAGGACAGAACUCCUGUCUAGGGA